UCGGUCAAGUUUUAGUUUUGCGACGUUUUCAGUCAUGGAAGAAGCACUUCUUUGGUCGUUCUAUGGUAUUUGCAUUGCGACAAAAGGCAGAAAUAAACGAAAAAAUCGAAGAUUAAGAUGGUCGAGGGAAUGGUUAUUAAAAAGACAGGAAUUUUCUCAUGUCAGAUUAUUACGUGAACUUGAACCAGAUGAUUGGCGUAAUUACCUGAGGAUGGACACUGAAACAUACAACCAUUUGUUAAAAUCUGUUACUCCUUACAUUAAAAGGCAAAAUACCUGUAUGAGAAAAGCCAUUUCAGCUCAUGAGAGACUUAGUGCCACGUUAAGAUUUCUUGCCACAGGAAGAAGCUACAAAGACUUGGAAUUCACCACCAUCAUGUCCAAGCAAUCACUGAGUGAAAUUAUACUGGAAACUUGUGACGUUAUUUACAGGGUUUUAAAAAAAGACUUCCUAAAGUUUCCAAAAAGCGAACAGGAGUGGGUACAAAUAGCAGCCGACUUUAAAAAAAAUGGCAAUUUCCGCAUUGUUUGGGUAGUAUUGAUGGCAAGCAUAUCAUAAUUGUUCCUCCCAAGGAAAGCGGAUCAUAUUACUUUAACUACAAAAAGACGCAUAGCAUAGUUCUUAUGGCAAUUGCUAAUGCGAACUGAAGUCUCCAGAAAAUUACACACCCCCAGAAAGUAUGGAUUGAGAAAAUAUUCCUGCAGAUUAUUCUCUUGCGUUAGGAGACAGGUGACCCUAAUUUAAUGCAUGACCUUCAAAGAGGAAGAAGAGGCCACAUUUUUAAUGAUGCAAAAAUAGUUAGAGAAAAGUUCUGUGAAUAUUUUAACAAUGAGGGCUCAGUCCCAUGGCAAGAUAAUUUAGUUUUUCAAUAGGUCAUAGUUUGUAAACAUGUUAUAAAAAGUGAAUUCUAUAAUUCUGG